AACAGUUGUUUACAAAUUUUUAAACGCCAGUGUAUGAGUCACUGCGCUAGGAAAAGAUGAAACAUUUUUAAAAAAUUGACGAUGUCUAGGAUCCGGAGCUCAUCCGGCGUAUUAUGAUCAAGGACUUCUCUCACUUCACCGACCACGGCAUGCUCAUGGUGAUGAACGACCCCAUCCAGAGGGAUAACCUGUUCAAUUUGACGGGUCAGCGGUGGAAAAGCAUCCGCUCCAAGAUAUCGCCCAUCUUCACUUCCGGCAAACUCAGGCGCAUGACCAUCCUCAUGAACGAGUGCACCAAACUUCUGGACAAGUAUUUGGAGCGAACCACGGGGAAUUCGGAUGAAAUAGAGGUGCGUGAAUUAUUCCAGAAGUUCGCCGUCGACACGAUC